AACAUUCACAAAAAUUAUACAGAGCUAAUACAUUGUAAAAGAACAACUCCGCGAGAACAUUCUCCGGUAAUGAUACAGGUACAUAAUGAUACACCGUUAUUUUCUUAAACCGGUAUGACAUCACACCGGAAUUUCCAUACCUUUAUUUCUAUCAAAUUUUCCCAUACGCGACCGGAAAGUAUCGGUACGUUGUCGGUACUCCGCGUUCCAGUAUGAACCUCCGUAUCAUAGUACAUUAACCCAGAUAUUACUAUCGUUCUAUACAACAGUCAAUAUAUCGAUUUAUAAAUAACUUGCGAAUUAAGACGUAUAUCUCAUCUUGCGAAGAAAUUAAAAUUAUUCGGUAAAAUGUCGAUAUAUUAGGACGUGAAAUUUACGCGAGUCCAUAGAGUCCAUCCAUAAUUAAAUAAGAUAUCAUACGCAAUAUCGUACAGUAAUGUUCGCAAAAUUCGAUACAAGAACGUCACGGCACUUAGCCGCACGAAAUAGUAGGUUCUGUAAGGAGAGCCGGCCUAGCGCAGCCGGCGCAAGUAGAAUGAGGAUCGUGCGUAGGCAGACACGGACGACGCUCGUUUCCUUUGUGCCCGCUUUCGCCACGCGACAUUAAAGUUCAAUCGAAGUUCCCAUUUCAACGAUGACGACACGCUCCGAACUGUUCUCCCGUUUCAUGAAUCGGCUUUCGCGUACGCUGCAACUAAAAAAAAAUAAAAAAAAAAAAAAAAAAGACACAAAAAGUAGCGGCGAAAUUCACGACAAAAGCUGUUCGCGUGGAAUGUGGAUCCGUAUUUGUAUAUCAAUUACGAAGGCCCGCGUAGGGUCGAUGAACUUUGCUUGUUUCGCCGGUAUCAGAUAGCGGCCUGUCGGUAUUUAAAUACCAACGGCGUGCAUACCGUUACGUCGAACAACGAGGCUGAAGCCUAAUACGACAACUUCGGGUCACGUAAGCCUCGUCCUGGAACAAGAGGAGUCCGAUAUAGAGGGGAAAGGGUAAGGAAGAGGAGGAAGGACGAACGUGGAAAGACUCGAUGAAGCCGAAACUCACGGUGGGAGAGGGCACCACCAAAGGCUGUACGCGUGCCUCCUUCGCGACUGCGCGUUGCGCGCGCAUUUCACGGUUCAAUUAUCGAGGGAGGGCUGCGGAUAGGUCAGGAGGAAGCGAGAACGAGCCGCGAACCGGUCGUGGCUGGACGGAGAGGAGAGAGACCAGCGUCGAAGGUGGGAGGAAAAUCGGAGGGGGUAAAUAAAGUAAAGAGGAAGCGGGCACGGCACGGAGGCGGUUAGGGGCGGUUACUGGUUAGGUCUGAGCACCGCCCAACAGGCUCUGCCCCUUUUUUGCCCGGGGGCCGAAGUCCUGGCCGCUUCCCUACUACCAUUCCCCUGUCUGGUCGGGGCAAAGCCGAUCGGAUAGCCGGCAGUCUGUCACGGGGCGAAGAACGGGAACCACGUUAACCGGUUUCCCUUAAGCAUCGCAACGUUUUGCGACCCACUGGCAUUUUUUUUAACGCACACCCGACGGCCGUGGGGAACCGACUCCACGACCCCUUCGACCGAAUCGAGUUCUCCAGUACUCCUGUGAUACACCGCUAGUGAAGUGUGCGCCGACAGAGACUCUCUCACACGUCGCGAGAAACCGUCCAGGUGACGCGUCGGGCCACGCAGGGAAGACAGUCGGUUUCGUGGACCAGCUGAGAACCGACAGGAUUCCGCCAACAACCGGGCCUGCUCCCUGAAGCGUCAACCGAGAUGUUGACCGACAUGACGCCGGCUGCGGCUGGACAACUCUACCCGCAGCUACAGUCCAUCGCCAAGUCGCCAGUUCACGGACAUGUGAAAGACAAGUACUAUUGGGAGCUGAAGAAUCUGUCACGUGAGGACCAUCCGGGGUUACGUGGCACGCCGCUGGCGAUGCUCGCAGCUCAGUGCAACAAAUUGAGCAGCAAGAGUCCCCCGCCGUUGGCCGACGCGGCCGUAGGCAAGGGUUUUCAUCCUUGGAAAAAGAGCCCGCAGAGCAGUGGCAGUUCGCCUCAGCACUCGACUGGGAGCGGCGGAGGCGGAGGGGGCGGAGGCGGAGGAUGCACGACGACCGGAGUGAGUCAAAGACCAGCGGCGACGAGCAGCGCGGGCAGCACGGGUGGUUACGCGAGAGCCCCUGUCACCUCUUGCGCGUCCACGGCGCCACAGUACGGGAGCGACCUGUACUUCCCGGGGACGGCGAGCGCCCAACCAGCGAGCGAUCCGCAUCAUCAUCAGAGCAGCCUGCUAGGGAAGGUCGAAGGAGCGACCUUGGGCUCGGUGUACGGUCGACACCCGUACGAGUCGUGGCCGUUCAACGCGAUGCCAGGCGCGACCCACAGUGGUAUAAAAGCAAGCGACGGCUGGUGGGACGUGCACGGAGCCGCGACGGCCGGCGGAUGGCUAGACGUAAGCAGCACGGUAGGCGUCGGCGUCCACGCCGCCCAAAUGGCCAACUACUCGGCCGACUACUCCACAAGUCUAGCGCUCGCUGGCAAUCAUCUGUUGACCACCGCGACCACCGCCGGUCAUAAUCUGCUCCAAGACACGUACAAAUCGAUGCUACCGGGUGGCCCGCCCGGUUUCGGGCUUCAUCAUCACGCGGCCGCGACCGCUGGUGCUGGCGCCGGUGCCGGUAGCCCGCAAGGCAGCGGCGGUGGCGUCGGCGUCGGGGCCGGCGGUGUCAGUCAAGCGCCGUCGCCGCGCUCGCAAAGACGGUACACCGGAAGAGCCACCUGCGACUGUCCAAACUGCCAAGAAGCCGAGAGGCUCGGUCCGGCCGGCGUGCAUCUCAGGAAGAAGAACAUCCAUAGCUGUCACAUACCGGGAUGCGGUAAGGUCUACGGGAAAACGUCGCAUCUGAAGGCCCACUUACGGUGGCACACUGGUGAGCGACCGUUUGUUUGCAACUGGCUUUUCUGUGGCAAGCGGUUCACACGUUCGGAUGAGUUGCAGCGGCACCUUCGAACCCACACCGGCGAAAAGAGAUUCGCCUGCCCGGUCUGCAACAAGCGGUUCAUGCGCAGCGACCAUCUCGCGAAGCACGUCAAGACCCACAGCAGCAGCAGCAGCAGCAGCGGCAGCAAGGGCAAGGGGGGAGCGGGGAGCUCGUCAGCCGAGUCCUGCUCCGACAGCGAGGACAACGGGAGUCAGCAGAGUCCCACUUCCAGCUCGGUGCCGCCGCAGCCGCAGCCGCCGCCGCCGCCGCAGCAGCAGCAGCAGCAACAGGGCCAACAACCGGCUCAGGCUCAGCAGCAACAAGCUCUGGUGGCGGCGGCGGCGGCGGCGGCGGCAGCGGCAGCGGCGGUGGCGGCGGGCCAGGACACCAACAACACCACAUCCCAGACCACCACCAAUCACGGCCAUCAGCCGACAACGCCCAUGACCCCAAUACAGAUGACCCCGCCGCCU